AUGUCAAAAAAGAGAUUGGAUCGUUUGGAUGCUGGAUAAUGUUCUACUGAUCGUAGUCAUCAUAAAAAUAACAACAGUACUGAUCUCAAUUUUACUCUCCAUUAGAGAUUGAAUAGCAAUGUUGAUGAGUAACUACAAUCCAAAAUUACAUUCUUUUCUAAAUUCAAACAAAAAGACAUGCCUCAAGUCAAUGAUUCUCUGUAGGGGAUGGCUCAAACCUUAUCUAAAGUCUCAUUUAAUGAAAUUCAGCAUCAUCAAUUACAAAGAGAAUAUGAGAAGAUCAAAACCGAAUUAGCUUAAUUUAGAGCUUAACAAAUCAAAUUAUAUUCCACAAUCACUAAAUUGUAAAAAGACAAUCAAACCCUUAUGGAGAAGUUAAAGUUUUAUGACGAAGAAAAACUUAAUUUAUAAAGAAAAAUUUAAAUUGAACAGAAGUAAAACGAAGAAUUAACCAAAAAACUUAAAAGAUCUGAACAGCGAAUCUAAAUUAUUCUGGAAUCAAACAUCAUCUUCCAAAAAGAUCAAAUUAAAACCACACUCUUAGACACCCUACACGAAAAUGAGCAUUACAAAAUGGAAGCCAUUCAAAAGCAAAAAGAUUUACAGAAGUAUUAUAUGAUAAUCAAUCAUAGACUCUAAAUUAAUAAUAGUAAUCUUAACCAUAAAUUAAAUCGACUCACAAAUCGAAUCGUUGCAGCUCAAAGACACCAAACAGAAUCCGAAUUCAUUGAUCAAGAUAAAAUGGUUAUCACUUUCACUGAAAUCCCAACAAACUUUAUCUUCAGACACAUCUUCCAAAAUAUAGAAUGCAAAUAAUUCAUAUCAACAUCGCUUGAAUAAACCCCAGAAUAAUUUGGCUCCCACUUCAAUCUUAUACCUUAGGAUCAAAAGAAAAUCCAUUUAAUUUGGCUAUUUAAUCAUAUGGUGAAUUAUCGUGAAUUCAGUUAACAGCAUAACAAUUUUAUAAUUAAAUUGACUGAAUUGAUAGUGAUUAAAACUUAUCCAGAAUUAUAUUCCUUCAUCUAAAACAUUUCCUAGUUUUUAAAAGUAUAAAGACUAACACUUUGGCUUAGAGAUUAUUGGACUGGUUUUUUUGAGACAAUACAAGAAGGUCAGUCCUAAAAAAUCAUCUGUUCGAAAGGGUCAUUUAAAGAUUGCUUAGAAUAAAGAGAGGCUGUCAAUAAACUCACUGCACAAAGACAUCUCCUAUAUCAAGAUAGCAAGGGAGAUGAUAUAUAUCAAGAGAACACAUACCUAUACCCCUUAAUCACAGAUACUGUUCUACCUGCUGGCCUUUUAGAAGUGUUCCAACCAACACAAAAUAACUCCUAUUCAGAUAUCCAAUACUUUACUGCUUUACUAGGUACUUUUGUAAAAAUUGUGGUGUAAAAAAUUGAAAAUGAAAUUGUGAUGCAAAAUGUUGCCAAACAAAAAGACAUUUUAAUAAGUCAAUUCCUAUGCUUGAUGUAGUCAAAUGACAAGCUAUAAUUCACAAACUCAGUAAAGGAAAUGCAAUCUAAACUCUUACAAAUUUCAACAUGUGAAAUUAUCUUUAUAGAAAAUAAUCAAAUGUUCAAAUAUGAUCGUUAAGGUUUAUAAUCUAUUAGCUGCAUUGCAGGAGUAUGUGGACAGAUUGCUUAAAAUUAAAAACCUGCCUUCUUUUCCAAUCUCACAAAAUAAGUACAUUAUAAUCAAUUGAUUGAUAUGUAUACACUUGCUCCAGUGUAUAUCUAUCCAAUCGUAUAGGAUAAUGAAUGCAAAGCAGUUAUUGAAUUAACAUUGACUAAUAAACAAAUUGAUCGUCAUCGUUUUAGAGAUCCAUUGACUAGUUUGAACUAAUAAUCUAAUUAAGCUCGGAUGUUUUGUGAAUGUGUGCAAACAGCCUAUCUAUGCAAAUUUAAUUGACUAAAUUGAUUAAAUGUUUUAUAAUU